CGUGAACCAUUAUAAAAUUCUUGAAAACCUCCACGACUUCCUCACUCACGCCAAAGUCAAUCAACAAUCUUGAACUACUGCAAAUCCAGUUAUUUUGUGAACAUGGAGUCGACCAGAGUUAUCAACUUUUCAGCUGGACCAGCUAAAUUACCGGAAGAGGUAUUGGAAAAAGCACAGGGUGAAAUGCUUAACUACAAUAACACAGGACAAUCAGUCAUGGAAAUCAGCCACAGAUCAGGUGAUUUCACCAAAAUCAUCAAUGCUGCAGAAAAAGAUGUUCGUGACAUUUUGAGUGUGCCCAGCAAUUACAAAAUCAUCUUUACACAAGGAGGAGGGACCGGUCAAUUUUCAGCUGUACCGCUCAAUCUCAUGGGACUGAAGGAAGGUCACACUGCUGAUUAUAUAGUGACCGGCAGCUGGUCAGCCAAGGCCGCAAAGGAGGCUGAGAAAUACGGCAAGGUCAACGUCGUCAACCCCAAAAUGGACAAAUACACAACGAUUCCACAUGAAUCAACAUUCAAUCUAAACCCUGAAGCCUCCUAUGUAUUCUACUGUGCCAAUGAAACUAUCCACGGUGUGGAGUUCCAGUAUAUACCAGAAACAAAUGGUGUCCCUCUUGUCUGUGAUAUGUCUUCUAACAUGAUGUCCCGUCCUGUAGAUAUCUCAAAGUUCGGUGUAAUAUUUGCUGGAGCCCAGAAGAACAUCGGCUGUGCUGGUGUGACUGUAGUUAUCAUCAGAGAAGAUUUAUUAGGACACGCCCACGCAAUGACGCCGAUCAUCUUUGAUUAUAAAACACAAGUUGGAAACAACUCCCUUUACAACACAGCACCCACAUACAAUAUAUAUAUCCUAGGCCUAGUGUUACAAUGGGUGAAGGCCCAGGGCGGUGUUAAGAAGAUGGAACAGAUUUCUGACAUCAAAUCAAAAGCCUUGUACAAUGUCCUCGACAGCUCAAAUGGAUUUUACUGUGGUACCAUUGAGCCUCACUGUAGAAGCAGAAUGAACGUUCCAUUCCGAGUCGGGGGACCUGACGGAGACGAUGCAUUAGAAAAGAAAUUCUUAGAGGAGGCAGCAAAAUGGAACAUGAUCUCAUUAAAAGGACACAGGUCUGUCGGUGGUAUGCGAGCGUCAUUAUACAACGCCGUUACUGUCGAGGAAGCAAUGACUCUUGUACGCUUCAUGAAUGAAUUCCGUCAACAAAAUCAGUGAACCUAAUCAACGAAAUCAGUGAACCAUGAAAGACAUUUGAUAAAUUUGAUUUCAUAUCCCUAUGAAACCUAUAGAUUCUAGUCUUGAAAAUCUUUGCUCCAAAAAUGUAUUGAACCACUAGAUUUGGAGGAGUUUAUUUAGGUUAUAGCUGUGCUGGUAUCAAUCUUGUCUGUUCAGAGCUGUGCUGUUCCCAUACCAGCAUUUUGAUAAUGGGCACUAAUGGUCCAUUGCCUGUUAUUCUCAGCAGAUUUAACUGGAAUAACAAUUCAAUUACUUUUCUUUGUUUAUAAAUUAAAAGAUUGCCACCAUUUUGUAUAUUUUGAAGACAUGGUUUUUCAGUGUAUUCACACUAUAAAUGUAGUAAAUCACCAAACUUAACCAAUAUCAUCUCUAACGGGGAAUUGUUAUUUUACAAGAAACCGAAUCUCAUAAGGCAAUGUUAUCUCCAUUAGAAGUUAUAAAAUACUUUUUUUAAUGAAAAAAAAAACCAAUCUUUAACACAACUCUGUGAUUUGUUUUAGUUUGGUUUUAGCCAGUUAAAAAAUUGUCGGGUGAUAUUUUCAGGACACUCAGAAUAUUUUCUGUGUGGAAAAUUUGAUGUAUCGUAUUUAUCUUUCAAUACGUUGAGUAUAUCAACAAAGAAUUUCUCGUCACAAAGCUUUUUUUUUUUUUUCUCAAAGUUGACUUAUUAUAGGUUGUCACUAUAGAAUUGCUGAAUUCUAAUACCAGAUUAAUGGAGUUAUCUCCCAUUAGUUUGAUCAGACAUAUCAUAGAGACCAAAAUUAUAAAGAUCAGUUUUAUUUAAAAUUCUGAUACUCUAGAGACAAGGUCAAGUCUUAUAAUUAUCUACACAGCAAUAGAUAUGGGUGGGCGAAUUACUGGGUAAAUACGAUAGAAAAAAUAUCCAAGUAGAAUUUCAGUAUCUUCUUUCCACCUGGUCUAAGGGUAAAACAAUAUGGUUGAGAUAUUUUUUGAUGGUUGUGUAGACAUGUGUCUAGAUUAUCAUGCGGGGGAUCGGUUUAGUGUUUACACACUGCCGAAAACCUGGUAAGAAUUCUCGCGUAAAAAUAAUACUUAACAAUUUUUUGUCGAUAUACAUGUGUGAUAGAAAGAAAAGAUGAAUAUUUUUUUGAAAUGUGUGAAAGAGAUAUUGAGUGUUUGUGUACAUACAGUGAUAUAAGAUUGUAAAUAUAUUUUGUAUAUAGUGUAAAUAUAGUGUAAAUAAUGUAAUAUAUGAUGUAAGUAUCUUGUUGAAAGCUGAAUGAAGAAAGAUUGAUGUACAUGUUUGUGUAUGUAGAGUAGUUUGGAGAAAAUGGUGCUGUUUAUAACUGAUUGAGUUUUUAAUUAUCAGAAUGUACCUUGUAUAACAUGUUCAUUUUGUGUAUUGAGAAAUACAAUAUUUAAGAAAAAAAUGUUAAAACAUAUUUACAUUCAAGUUAAUUUUUUACUGUUGUGAAAGUGAUAUGUCAGCAGUUUUUGUUUUUAAUUCAGAAAUAUGAAAAUAGAAUUUGACAAACACAUUUCCUUUCAUGAUUUUUUUUUGUAAUUUCACUAUAGGGCAUGUUUUAUGAUAAUGUGUAUUAUUGCUGAGGUGUUCAACUUCAUAUCCACAGAAAAGUCCUGUAAUUCCAAUCUCUGAAAAUGAAUUUCUUAGAAAUUUGUUAGAAAUUUUCUUAGUCUUGGCUUAAAGUAUUGACUAGUAGCAUCAGACGAAUGGAAUUACACACUGAUAGAUCAAAAUACUUUUACUGUAUUAGUGAAGGGACGUAACUCUGGUGUAUCAGAAUCUAUUUUUUUUUUUGUGAAUUAUCAUCAAUACAUUGAUACAAAAUUUGCAAAGACUCGUUCCUGUUUCAAGAAUAUAUUCCACUUCAGGAAAUUCCUCAAUUAUUCACCGUUUGAAUAUGUGAACAAAUUUUUGAUUUAUUGGUAAGUUUUCUAUAACUUAUCCAGUAACUUGAGUAAUUGUUUCCCAGUGAAAAAUCUGAAGGCAAGGGCCGUUUGGUGUAUGUUACUGGAACAGGAACAAAUUUUCUUAAACAUGACAGAAAACAUUUCAUAUUUCUUCAUUCUUCUCCACCAUUUUGUUUAGUAUUAUGUUAUUGUCUGAACAACGUGAGCAAAUGUUGUUUAUGAACAUUUACAAAAAAUUACAAAUAUAAAAAAAAAACAAUAAAAAGAAAACUUUAAAGUCA